AUGGGUAAAGGUUCCAGCAAAACUAUGGGUAAAGGUUCCAACAGCACUUUGGAUAAAGGUUCCAACAGAACUAUGGGUCAAGGUUCCAGCAGAACUAUGGGUAAAGGCUCCAGCAGAACAAUGGGUAAAGGCUCCAGCAGAACUAUGGGUAAAGGUUCCAGAAGAACUAUGGGUAAAGGCGCCAACAGAACUAUGGGUAAAGGCGCCAACAGAACUAUGGGUAAAGGCUCCAGCAGAACUAUGGGUAAAGGUUCCAGCAGAACUAUGGGUAAAGGUUCCAGCAGAACUAUGGGUAAAGGUUCCAGCAGAACUAUGGGUAAAGGCUCCAGCAGAACCAUAGGUAAAGGUUCCAGCAGAACUAUGGUAAAUGUUCCAGCAGAACUAUGGUAAAGGUUCCAGCAGAACUAUGGGUAAAGGUUCCAGCAGAACUAUGGGUAAAGGUUCAAGCAGAACUAUGGGUAAAGGUUCCAGCAGAACUACGCGUAAAGGUUCCAGCAGAACUAUGGGUAAAGGUUCCAGCAGAACUAUGGGUAAAGGUUCCAGCAGAACUAUGGGUAAAGGCUCCAGCAGAACUAUGGUAAAUGUUCCAGCAGACCUAUGGGUAAAGGUUCCAACAGAACUAUGGGUAAAGGUUCCAGCAGAACUAUGGGUAAAGGUUCCAACAGAACUAUGGGUAAAUGUUCCAGCAGAACUUUGAAAAAAGGUUACAGCAGAACUAUGGGUAAAGGUUCCAGCAGAACUAUGGAUAAAAGCUCCAGCAGAACUAUGGGUAAAGGUUACAGCAGAACUAUGGGUAAAAGGUUCCAGCAGAACUAUGGGUAAAGGUUCCAGCAGAACUAUGGGUAAAGGUUCCAACAGCACUUUGGAUAAAGGUUCCAACAGAACUAUGGGUAAAGGUUCCAGCAGAACUAUGGGUAAAGGUUACAGCAGAACUAUGGGUAAAAGGUUCCAGCAGAACUAUGGGUAA